GGAGUGUUAUCUGAUUUUCCUAAGUCCUAACCUAACAAACAAUCAAAAUUCCAAUGUAUAGCGCGUGGGUAAAAUGAUCCGUAGUAUUCUGGAAGCAGAAUCAAUUAUCAACGCACAAGUGGCACAACGCAUCCGUGGAGUCAAACUCUUCCGUCGCCAACCCGCUCUCUCCCACCUUAUUUCCGACUCCGGUGCUCAUCGACGGGAAACAGAACCUUCCUGAUCUACGAUACAUCGCCGACGAAGGUGGCAGUGGCGGGUGGGAUUUUUCCUGAAGAGAAGAAAAAGAUGCUUGAAAUUCCUUCCACGGGUUCGACAGUCACCGCCAGCAUUGUUACUGUUAAGCGAUAUGCACCUCCCAACCAGCGGAAUCGCUCUAUUGGAAGGCGCAAAUCUGGUGUAGAUCGACUUGAAAGAGCAAAUAGUUAUGCUAGUGAUGGAGAGAAGAACCAAAACAGCAUACUAAGAACCAUGCCCAGUAUAGAUCAUCAUGGGGAUACAGGUGGCAACUACCACACUAAUGAAGACCGUCGUUCCGGUGGAGCAGCCUUAAAUUUGAUAUCAUUAAAUGGGUGUUGCAACAGUGAAGUCGUUCAGUUAUUGAAUGAUCGCUGGGUGGCUGCCAUGAGUUUGUAUAAUAGCUUACCUGAAGGUUCACCUGAAAAGCCAGUCUUGUACACCAGAAAAAACACAUCACCUUGGAGGCUUCCCCAUCAGAUGCAUGCUGCAGGCUUCGGGUCUUCUGCUGGGCUGCAAAGAGAUUUCUUAAGCGAACUUUGGCAGGCUAUGCCGAAGCAGAAUCCCACUAAGUAAACAAGGCUUGGAACCUGAAAUUGUCAGCAUCUUAACCCUUCAUAAUGUGCAAUUAGAUGUUUAUUGUAAAUUACAAAUUCCUUAUUACUUCUGCUAUUUUUAAUGUAUUGGGGAAAGCGGAGCUUCCUACCAUUCCUACCAUUCAUAACUCAAUGACUGCCUCUUAAUAAAACUUAAAGGCAGUGAGUGCAGUAGGAAAUAAGGAGAGUUACUCCUCCGAUCUUAAUAGAGUGUGCAAGGGUGUUUGAAGUUCUAAAAUGAUUCCUUAUGAAACCAUCUUAAACUGACUUUGCCGUGCCUUUGAAGGACAGUUAGGUAAAAUACUUCAUACUCUAGGAAGCUAUGGAACUAGUAACAUGGAAUGUCUGUGUUCGCUUUUACUUUUGAAAAGUCAUUCAUUUUAUGAACUAACCACCAUCAUUAAAGAUGGGUGAGGAAUUACUAUCUUUUGUGGUUAUAAUGUGGUUUAUGUGCUAAUUGUUGUACUAUCUCCAUCCAGUUGGAAGGUUCCCAUAGCAAAACGGCGU